CUUACCCUGUGGUCCUUAGAGAGUCAGUGGGUAAGUUAGUGUCCGGGUAGGUCUAAGUGGUGAGGAGUGGGACUCUUAUCGUGCACCAAACACCACAAUGGACGACUAUCCGAUGUAUGGGUUGAUUGUUGGGUUCUCCCUCUGGGGGACCCUCUGGCGUCUCCUCUUCCCUCUGGGCUUCUGGCCCACUGUUGCGUGUAGAGUAGGGCCCACUCGUGGUGGUACUUCCACCCAGCCAUACACAAAGGAGGAGGAGGAGAAGAUGGUCGUCGUCCUGAGGGAAAAGAAGGAAAAGAAAGAGGCAAAGAAGAAGGCCCUACAGGAGGAGCAGGCGGCCAAGUUAAAAAAGAUUGAGGAAGAGAUGGUCAGAGAGAAGGAGAGGAUCAAGAAAGAAGAAGAGCAGAAAUUGAAGGAGGUGGAAGAAGAGGAAGAGGAAGAUGAAACGCCACUGGAGAGGAAGAGAGUGCAAUACAGUGGCAGCAGGGAUGCUGAGAUGGAGAAACACAUCUCGGAGUGGGUUGCCAACUUAUCCUUGGGUGAAGAAGAAGAGGUAGCAAUGUAUAUACCCAAGGAUGAUCAGGAAGCCGCUAUGAAAGCCUGGGAAGCAGAAAAAGAUGUUGUGAAGCGGCAGGCGAUGGAAGAUGAGAAGAGGAUGGAAUGGAGAUUGGCAGUGAUGAGGGAAAAAAAGAGGAGAGUGGACGCAGCAGCGGAGGCGACAGAAGAAUUGGAAGAGGUAAAAAACAUAGAAGAGCAGUUAGCCGCUCAGACCGAACUCCCGGCUCAAAUGCGAGUCAUAGCUCGAAAUGUUGCAUGCCUGGCCCGAAUUCAGGGGGAGCAAUAUGACUUUAGUAGGAGUCAACAUAUAGUUGUGCGUUCAAUCAAGUUGGGGUUCCGGGAAUUUGCGCGCGAGCUGGUAGGCGUUGUGGGAACCGAGGUGGGCCACCGCCUCGACAAGACUGAGCGAUUUUGUGCCAGCGCCAUUGAAGGCGUUAAAGCGGCAGCUCCCAAGGAGGAGGAAGCACGUCCUCCUCGCCGAGAGCCGGUCAAAGUCAAAUUCCCCGAUUCCUACAGUGGAAAACGGGAAGAGAACUUUGACAAUUGGGAGGCCAAUGUCAAGAUCUAUGUGCAUUUGCAACAGAUCUCCCUGGAUCAGCAGGUCUUGAUCGCGAUCCACGCAUUGAGAGAUGAGGCCGCUAGUUUUGCAAGGUCCCUGGUUCGCGCUGCCAACUGUAGUGACGACCCCGUUGCAUACUCCUCAUUCACUUCCCUCACUGAGUUCUUGAAGCUGUUGCGCGAGAGGUUCGCCGAUGUCGCCCGUAGCGUUAAGGCCUCGGACAAGCUCCAGACCAUCCAUUCUCGUAAAUGGAAGAGUGCCAGCGCACUCAAGGGUACAAUGGAUGAGUUGGUGGCCGUCCCCGACCACGGGGUCACAGAGGGCCAAUUGGUCAAUCUCUUCUAUCGGGCUAUGCCCGAAGCCUUUCGAGGGCAGUUCUUCGCGAAGAGCGAAGACCCUGCCACCACCUACGAUUCCCUUAGCCGUGAAGUGGUGGCUUUUGAAGCGAAGUCCGUGUCCCUAUCUACCUUAUGGCACAAGGACUUGGACAGGGGGAAGCAAUGGAAAGGCCACACUAUCUCAGGGCAGGUAAAGACCAAGGACAGCCUUGUCCUGACUUUAGACGAGGGUAGUGUGGAUGAGAUCCCCUACUACCAGAUUGAGUGGGGGUUAGAGGAGGAGGACAGCGGUGUGGGCCAGGGGAGGACUUACGCUGCUCUCGUGGCCGGAGGGAGGCCACAAGGAGGAGGACGAGGCCAGGGCCAAGGGGGCCGGGCCUCAGGGAGCCGAUUUCAGGGCGAUCAGGGGGUUGGCGGAAGGGGAGGAAACUGCCAAGCGGGAGGCAGGGGUCAAGGUCCCCCGCAAAACCGUCCUGGGAACAAGCCUCCCUAUAGGGUCUUGGAGAAGCUGAGGGAAGCUAACUUCAAGAUCAAUGCGAAGAAGUGCGAUUGGGCGAAGACCCAAGUUUUGUAUCUAGGCCACGUCUUAGACGGAGACGGCGUCAAACCAGAGGAUAACAAGAUCGCAGCGAUUAGAGAUUGGCCCACGCCACGUACGCUGACAAAGUUGCGUUCGUUCCUGGGCUUAGCUAAUUACUAUAGGAAGUUCGUGAGGAACUUCUCUACCAUCGUUGCGCCCCUUCGCCGGUUGUUGAGAAAGGAGACCAUCUGGAAGUGGGAUAAGGACUACACGUCUUCCAUGAAGAAGUUAAAGCAGGCGUUGAUAGAGUAUCCGGUCCUUAAGGUCGCCGAUCCGUCCUUGCCGUUUGUCGUUACUACGGAUGCUAGCCAGUACGGCAUAGGCGCGGUGUUGCAGCAAGACGAUGGCAAUGGUUAUAGACCCGUAGAGUUCAUGUCCGCUAGAAUGCCUUCAGAGAAGGUCGCGACAUCCACCUAUGAGAGGGAACUCUACGCUCUCAGGCAAGCGCUAGACCACUGGAAGCACUACUUGCUUGGGAGGCACUUCAAAGUCUAUUCUGACCAUGAAACGUUACGAUGGUUAAAGACGCAGGCCAAGAUGACACCUAAGCUUACUAGGUGGGCCGCCGAGAUAGAUCAGUACGACUUCGAGCUCAAGCAUGUCAAGGGGAAGUACAACGUAGUUGCGGAUGCUCUGAGUAGGAGGGCAGAUUACUUUGGGGCGAUAGUGCAUUACCUCGAUAUAGGAAAGGACCUACAGCAGAAGGUUAGGGAGGCCUACGCACAGGACCUUAUCUAUAGUGACCUCCUUAAGAAAGUCAAAGAGGCCCCACAGACUGAGCCGAACUACCGCACUACUGAAGGGCUACUCUUUGAGAAGACUAAUGUCUUUGACCGCCUGUGCAUUCCCAACAGUGAAGAGAUCCGUAGCCUGAUUCUAGGAGAAUGCCAUGACACAGAGGGUCACUUUGGUUGGCAAAAGACUUUAGCCAAUCUCAUGCGUGCGUAUACCUGGCCAGGGAUGAAGAAUGACUGCGUAGAGUAUGUUCGCAGUUGCAAAGUCUGCCAGCGUAAUAAGAGUUCUACGCGCGCCCCGCUAGGUCUUCUCAGACCCUUGCCCAUUCCGGAUCGGCCGGGAGACUCAGUGUCAAUAGAUUUCAUGGACACUGAAGUCAAGAGCAGGCAUGGCAAGAGCCAASUCAUGGUCAUAGUUGACCGCUUUAGCAAGUACGCAGUUUUUGUUCCUUUGCCUUCAGAGGCGCGUACUGAUUUAGUCAUACAGAGGGAGGUCCGACAACCAGACGAUAGGAUCUUGCGAUCGGCAAGACGCCCGAUAGCCCACUUGGCGUUAGGACCAGAGGGCGACAGAUACCUGUUCCGUCAGCAGAGGGAGAGACAACAGCAGCAGCGGAGGGUUAGGGCCGCAGAGGCAAGCAGGGCGUUCGCAAGCAAAGCCGCCGCUUCAGCAGCCAUGGCAACUGCUGCGCAGCAGAGUUCCCAGGCCGGCAGUUCAGAAUCUGUAGGGUCAACGGUUGCACAGACCCCGAGUCCGUCAACUGGUGUAAUGGCAAGCCAGCCGUUAGUAAUGACUCCCCACGACCUCAUACAGCGAGCUGGUGAUCGUGAGGCACAGCUACAGCAGGCUUUGGGUGAGAUUAAGGCAGAGAAAGAGCGAAUGAUUAGAACAAGAGCCAGGAUGCAGCGGAGACAAGCGGACAUUAGUGAGUUAGAGGAGACGGACCCUGCAGACUUGGAUGAUGAAGUGAGGACCCUAAGGGCGGUCUUGCUAGGUGUGGUAGAGAUGCAAGAUCACCAGACGGAGAUCUUACAGGACAUCCCGCAAAGUCUGGUUGUGUUGGUCGGGCGAGUGCAGGCGGCACCAUCACCGUUCGGGCCCGGCGUCUGGUCCGUUGUACAUCCUCCUCCUUUUGUUCCACCGGUGACUGGGGUAUCCCCAUAUACAGCUCCAACAUCGGUCCAGCCCGUUUCCCUGGGUAUGCCUUUAACAGGCGGGUUCUCAGCAGGUCCUAGUGUACAGAUUCCUGUACAAACAGUGUUCUCCCAACCUCCGUUGCAGGUUGUCGUAAGCGGGCAGCCUGCUGUCUCGCAGCCUGCACAGUCGCAGGGUACACAGCCCCAGCAGCAGCUAGUGCAGCAUCCUGCACCACAGGCUCCACAGCCCGGAACGGUGCAGGUACCGAGACAAAGUCAGUGGGUUCCAACGACGGCCAUCGCUGCUCCUAAACCCUUUACAGGGGAUAAAAGGGGCGAAGACCUCGACACAUGGUUGAGGGCAGUGCCAGUCUAUGUCAAAUGCAAACUUACCUUGCCGCACGAGGAAGUGCUUGUGGCUGCCUCCUAUCUAGAGGGGAGUGCAGCAAGAUCGUUGAGUGGUUUAGUGCAGCUACAGGGGUACGGUCAUGACUUUCGCGCUUGGGCGGUCACCCAGAAACUGGAUGACUUCCUCAAGUCGGUGGAAGACAUUUGGCAUGAUCCUCAGGAGGCCCAAAAGGCUACCGACGCGAUCCUGACACUGCAUACCAGGCAGUUUAAGUCAGUUAAGAGGCCAUUGACGCACUAGAGCGUCUGAUCUCUGUCUCUGGGGUGCGCUAUGACCCCCAAGUUUUACUCACCUCCUACCUGAGAUGCUUUCCCAUGCCUCU